AUGGCGUCACGGGCCCUCGCCGCCUACGCCGAGCUCUCGACGAAGCGGCCCUACGCCGUCGCGUUCGGCUCCUGCGCCGUCAAGGGCGUGAUCGCAGAUACCAUUUCCCAAAGAAUCGUGGAAGGGAAGCAGGAGCAGAACUGGAAACGGACGGCGGUCUUCGCCUUCUAUGGCGGGUGGUACUGCGGCUGGUUCCAGCACGCGCUGUAUAACGUCGGGUACGCGCGGCUCUUCGGCUUGGACACGUCCCUCAAAAACGCUGUGAGGAAAGUAGCUUUUGAUUCCGCCGUGCACGUGCCCUUGGUGUGCUUUCCGGUCUACUACGCGUACAAAGGUUAUCUAUACGACGGCAUCGGGAUGCGAGGCGGCUUGGAGAGAUACACGCACGAGUGGCAGAUGAUCUGUUCCAACUACUACAUGGUCUGGGUGCCGGCGAAUUUGCUCGUGUUUACGGUCGUGCCCGUGCCGCUGCGCAUCGGCUUCAUCGCGUGCACGUCCCUCGGCUGGCUGACGGUCUCGUCGUUUUUGACGCACCGGCACUAGUCUUAUCUUUCUUAACUGUUGUUUUUGUGUUCCUUUACGUGUCCCUGAGUGGUGGGCGCGUCGACGGCGUUUUGCAAAACGGGUUUUUCAGGCUGUGUUGCUGAAGCUCCGCGCUCAACGCCGUAGAGCGAGCUAAAAGUUAGUUCAGACCGACGACUUUUGAACCGCCGCGACCCUGGUUUUAUAGCAAACCAUCGGCGGUAUAGACCACUGGUGGACGCCACCCAGUACUGCUCGAUUGUCCACGUACGGCAACAACUCACGCAUCGAUGCCCUCGCAGUGCUCUCGGCCUACAUCCGAUUACUGGUGCGGCGCGAGGCGUGCAACCUGGGCGGCGCGCCGAUCCCGCGCCUGCAGAUCUGCCAGCGGCCGUUGGAUGGCAUCGUGUGGGUGCAGGGGCGCGCCGUGCUUGGGAGCUUCGGGUUCCGCUACGAGAGACGAGCGGAGUACUACUUGGUGCUCGUGACGGUCGUCCUCGGCGGGGCCAUGGUCGACUUCUUCAUUCAGCUCGUGACCGACCACCAGCGGAAGCUUCUGACGCAGUCGCGGACGUGGGCGCUGCUCUUCUUCCUGCUGCUCCUGUUCCUCGUCCUGGUCGCGUCGGCGCGGACCCGGCGUCUUGACUCUUCGCGCGGCACGCCAUCGACGCGACGGCAUGGCGUUGAUGCGCAUAAUCACAGGCCUAUUUCGCGGCGCUCGCGAACGAGAAGUGCGAGACCGCGGUCUCAUUGUUCGCGCAGCGGCGCCUCGCGGCCCAGGCCAACGCGGCGCAGUUCCCAGCACUCGCGGCGCGCGCCCAGGCGUCCGACGAGAUAUUGGCUUGCGCCGCCGAACAGCUAGAAAUAUACAACCGCGUCCACGACGCUCGGCUCUUCGGCAUUCGUGCGGACGGCGGCGUGAUCUUCUCGUUGGUCUCGCUGGCCGUCACGUUCUACGUGUUCGUAUUCUUCUGGAUGUUCGGCAUCGACGCCGGGCGCUAGGAUAUAAACUUGAAUAAAAUUAGUCUGCGAA